AUGUCGCGUAAGUCGUCGCCGUCGCUGCCGGAACGGGUCAGCGUGUCGAGACUCAUCUUUUCUCGGCAGGCGGACAGUGAAAAAGGAUCCGAAGAGAUCUCAAGAAGUCCGGAACGAAUGCCAUCGCCUACUUCAAGUGACCAACAACAGCAAACCCCCACUCGAUCCAGGAGUCGUAAGCUGGCCGGCUUCGCUUCGAGGUCAAUACGUAAAAGUCAAUGGCGGUUGUUCAAGCACAGAACAUUCUUCGGCAGUCAACGAAGCAGCGUUAAGCAAAGCAAUCAACUGCAGUUACCUCGACUCACUCUACGUCAUCCUUCAGUGGACGGUUCCGCUAUGCCGUUAUCCGUGGAUGGAGAUGACGUUCCAAACGAUUUUCUCACUAUUCGCACAACACAACGUCGAUGGACCGAAUCAGAAUCGGGUCGACUCCGCGACUCACGCGAAUCUUCCGGUUUCGACGAUUCGCACGACCUCUUAGAUGACGCACUUCCGCAAGCGAUGACGGCACCUGUGUCGCCGUCAGUGCCAUUAAGCGCUAGCAGUAGUCAUUCGGACGGCUGGAAGUAUUCGUCGCAGAAGUUGCUGUGGAAAUUGAAACCCCGUUACAUCAACUUCAGCCAUGCUUCAAGUACAUCUUCAUCUACAGAUUCGGCAUGGAAAUCGCUGGAUAGCGUCACAUGGAGGUCAGUCGAUGGAGCUGAAGUUGUGUUGCGAGGAACUCGCCUGGAAGCCUUGAGUGAGAUCGAACGAGGCGCUCUCCGUCUAGUAGCUCUUCAACGAUUGGCUGUUCUACUACCAGGAGUUAGUCUUCUUAAACCUAAAGAUCCACUCACAGCCAUACGACAAAAGCGUCAAAAGCUGUUGAAACCUAACAAAGCCAUCAACGUAACAGAAGGAAAUCGGAGGACCAGCGGUUACAUCAUCGAUCCUGCAGAAAACCGCCUGUUCGGAGUGUCUUUGGUGGCCUGUAUGCAAAAUGAGCGUCGUCUGGACCUUGAGAGCAGAUGCCGAUCACUUGACGACGCAACAACGAGCCUUCCACCAGGAGGUAGUUCACCUCGACAACAUGCGAAAUCUGUUCGAUCUGAACCGGAAAUUGUGGCAUUAACCGAUCGUAAAUGGCUGUAUCCCUCCACACAUAAUCUCUACCCCGAUUCCAACCCUUCGUCACCAUCACCGUACGCAGGUUCAGCUCCACCUACAUGUUCGUUGCCAGUUAAGGAUUUCUCGCUGAUCACGCAACCUUCCGAGCCGGAAAAGGAAAUCGUUACGGGCCGUUUUAUCAAGAAACAACGUCCUUCUUCUGCCUCAUUCUCAUACUCCCUGGAUGCACCAUCCAGCGAAGAUGUUGAUCCGCAUACGCUUCAAGUACCACGUAUUGUGGAAAACUGUACACAAUACCUCAUGGCGUACGGGCUAACUUCUGUGGGUCUUUUCCGAGUGGCCGGUAACGCAAAACGAUGUCGUCAGUUGAGGUCCACUUUGGAGAAGGUGGGAGGCGGCACGGCCAUCAGCGACGAUCUGGUUGAAAACACAACAGCACACGAUGUUGCGACGCUUCUCAAAGAGUAUUUUCGUGAUCUUCCACAGUCAUUACUACCUCGAGAGCACUAUCAAGCCUACAUAGCAGCUGCUCGAUUUCCUUACGAAGAACGGAUUGAGGUUAUCCGUCUGUUGGUUUCACUACUAGGACCGCCGAACAUAGACACAUUGUAUGUGCUGCUGAAAUUUCUUCACGAGGUGUCACUGCAUUGUCACGACCAAGUCGGCUCUGGAGGAACUGAGCACGUGAUGCAAGGGAAUCGCAUGGACGCCCACAAUCUGGCCACUAUAUUCGCUCCGUCCAUACUACGGCCGGAUCAUGGGAAAUUGCACGCGACUUUGGCAGAAAACGAACAACAGAUUGCUAUCGUGGAAACGAUGAUUGCACAUGUGGAAGAAGUAUUUCGUAUUCCCAAAGAGCUACAAUGCAAAAUCUACAACAAGCUACGCGACACGGAUCCAGAUCGUUUAGACCGUUUCUUGAACCAUGUCUCAAAAGUGGAAAGCACGGACCACCCGCUGACGUCGCCUUUUCCAGCCACCGCUGAAGAAGUCCAGCGUGAAUGUCACUCGCCUGAGGAGCACGCAGAUGAAAAAGAAUUGCUUUCAGCGACUGUGUGCUCGCAUCGCAGCGGUUCAUGGCCGUUUUCACUGGGACGAAGUCCACGUCAGCAACAAUUCUUUCCCACCAAUUCCGCUUGUCCCUCGAGUAGUUCUUGUCCAUCUGAUGACAACGAGUCCAGGGAACCCGUAAGAACAACCAGCAUUAAGCUUCUUAACAACAAUAAUAAUGUCAGUAAGGACCUUCCAGCCUCUAUGCCAAAUCGACCUCGGUCUCCAUCGCGCGAGCGCGACUUCCGUGAGACGGCUCGACUCGGUGCGGCGGCGGCACGACGUCGUCUCUGCAAUGUUGUGCGCGCGUUUCGAUUCUCCAGCGUCACUCGCAGCUCACCCAAUGUCGCCGACUACUGA